GAUCUAGCUAACCCUCAGUGAUUUGAUUAGCUUACCUUACCUCUCAAAUCCCUUCCUGAGUCUUUCUUCGAAAAGUGGCCGACUUUGUGCUGCUUCCUGUUUGGAAAUUUCAGAAACAAUUGGAAAUAUGAUGCACUUGGUCAAAUUGUGUGUAAAGGAAUAAGCUUACGGGUUCUUGGCAGCCUCCACUUUUUCCCUUUCUCUUCUUUUACUCUUGUAUAGCUUGUGCGGCAUUCUCAUUCAGCAGUGUUUCUAAUGCAGUGUGUUACAGGAUCUUUUCUUUUCUCCUCCCAGCUCCCCCAACACCUCCCGUCUCUCUCUCUCUCUCUCUCUCUCUCUCUCUCUCUCGCUCACUCGCUCUCCCUCUCUCUCCCUCUCUCUCCAGCUGGUGUAAAUGACUAUUGCUACCUCCUAGAGUCAGAUAACCUGCUCAGUCAGUUGUAGCCCCCUGUGGACAGCUGUCUCUCCCGACUGAUGGAAAACUGUCACUAUGUGCUGAAUAGAGGAGAGAGAGGAGCAACGUCAACAGCAGCCGAAGCAGGGGCUGGCAGCAGUGAAGGCUAAAGGCUCUAUUGUUCCCUUGUGUUAGGCAGUUUUAUUCUUUUCUACUGACAACCAACAAUAUAAAGCUGAGGGUGGUGACUCCUUCCGACACCAUUCAUGAAGGAAUACUAACACCCUUAAAGACAAACACUUUUCAUCCAAGGCUUUUGCCCUUUAUCCUGUGGAUUAAAUCAUCCUGCUUAAGGUAUGGGUUUAAGAAGAAGGGCUACAAUGCUCAGUGGUCCAUGGGAGACUGCUUUCUUAGCCCCUUGUUUGUGGAUGCUUGUGCUCCUGUUGUUAGGAAUCUGGGACGCUGAGGCUCAGAAUGAAGAAGACACCAAAUCAGUGUAUGUCUGGAAAACAGGUCCUUGGGGAAGGUGCAUGGGAAAUGAAUGUGGACCAGGUGGCAGUCAAAGCAGAGCUGUAUGGUGCGCUCACACUGAGGGGUGGACUACAUUACAUUCGAACUGUCUUAAGACUGAAAAGCAGCCUGAUAACCAGCAGAGUUGUUUUCGGGUUUGUGACUGGCACAAGGAGUUAUAUGACUGGCAGUUAGGGGAAUGGAAUCAGUGCCAAGCUGUGGCUUUAAGAAACUCUGGAAAUUAUAAAUCCUUAGAGUGCAUUAAGGGGGAAGAAGGAAUUCAAACCAGAGAGGUGUCAUGUGUUCAAAAAGCUAAUGGCACACCAGCUGAGGAUGUGAUUUGUGAAUAUUUUGAACCAAAACCCCGCCUUGAACAAGCUUGCCUCAUCCCUUGCCCACAGGAUUGUGUCGUUUCAGAGUUUUCUUCAUGGUCCCCAUGCUCCAAGACUUGUGGUGUUGGGUUGCAACAUCGUUUUCGGAGUGUUUUAGCCCCACCGCUGUUUGGAGGAUCUAGUUGUCCGAACCUUACAGAAUUCCAGCCUUGCCAGUUUAGUGCCUGCGAAUCAGAGGAAAGUAUGUACAGCUUGAAAGUGGGGCCCUGGAGCACUUGUGCUAUGCCUCACUCCAGACAAGCCCGUCAAGCUGGGAAGCGGCGGAAGAACAAAGGCAGGGAGAAAGCAGUCAAGGAUCCUGAGACACGAGAGCUGAUUAAAAAAAAGAGAAACCGCAAUCGACAAAACAGACAAGAGAGCAAAUUCUGGGACCUGCAGAUUGGAUAUCAAACACGACAGGUCACGUGUAUCCAUAAAAAUGGCAAAUCUACUGCUCUGAACCUUUGUACCCAAGAUAAACUCCCUGUAUCCUUCCAGUCAUGUGUCCUGACAAAGGACUGUGAGGUAACUGAGUGGUCUGAAUGGGGCCCAUGUUCUAAGGAUUGCUAUGAUAUGACCUCACCUAAAGGAUGGCGCACCAGAACCCAAACAGUAAAGCAAUUUCCUGUGGGAGGAGGAGCUGAAUGUCCAGAACUUGAGGACAGAGAGCCAUGUGCCCCUCAGGGCGAUGGCAUCCCACCAUGUGCUUCAUAUUCAUGGAGAGCAACAGAAUGGAGUGAAUGUCGUGUUGACUCUUUAUUGAGUCAACAGGAUCGCCGACGAGGAAAUCAGACGGGUCUUUGUGGAGGGGGAGUUCAGAGCAGAGAAGUGUACUGUGUGCAGUCCAAUGAAGAUCUUCUUUCCUACCUAAAUACACUCAAAGAAAAGGAAGCUUCAAAGCCUGUGGAUACUCGGUUAUGUACAGGGCUGAUACCAAACACCACACAGCUAUGUCAUAUUCCAUGUCCAGUUGAAUGUGAAGUGUCAGCUUGGACAGCCUGGGGCCCAUGCACUUACGAAAACUGUGAAGACCAAGCUGGGAAAAAAGGCUUUAAACUAAGAAAAAGAAGAAUUAUCAAUGAGCCAACAGGAGGAGCUGGAAGUUGUCCUCACCUUACUGAAGCAAUACCAUGUGAUGACCCAACCUGCUAUGAUUGGCAGUUGGCUAAACUGGAAGACUGUAUACCUGACAAUGAAAAAGUAUGUGGACCCGGAACUCAGACACCAGAAGUGAAAUGUGUCAACAGUGAUGGAGAAGACGUAGACAGACAGCUGUGUAGAGAUGCUAUCUAUCCUAUUCCUAUUGUGUGUGAGGUCCCCUGCCCCAAGGAUUGUGUUCUCAGCGCGUGGUCAAAAUGGUCUUCAUGUUCACACACCUGCUCAGGGAAAACAACCGAAGGGAAGCAGACGCGUGUACGCUCUAUCUUGGCAUAUUCUGGUGAAGGAGUGGUUCAGUGCCCAAACAGCAGCGCUCUGCAGGAAGUACGCAACUGUAAUGAGCAUCCUUGCACAGUUUAUCACUGGCAGACUGGCUCCUGGGGCCAGUGCAUUGAGGAUUCAUCAGUGUCAACUCUAAAUUCAACCACCAGCUGGAGUGGAGCUGCAUCCUGCGCAGUAGGAAUGCAGACAAGGAAGGUCAUCUGUGUGAGAGUCAACGUGGGGCAGGUGCCACCAAAAAAGUGCCCAGAAAGCCUCCGACCAGAGACAGUGAGGCCAUGCUUACUACCAUGCAAAAAAGACUGCAUUGUAACACCUUACAGUGACUGGACACUAUGCCCAUUGUCAUGUCAGGAAGGACCUAGUCCAAUAAAGAAACAGUCACGCCAUCGAGUUAUUAUUCAGCUUCCAGCAAAUGGCGGUCAAGACUGCCCAGAUGUGCUGUAUGAGGAAAGGGAAUGUGAGGCACUGCCUGUGUGUCUUGGCUACAGAUGGAAAACUCAUAAAUGGCGUCGCUGCCAAUUAGUACCUUGGUAUGUACGCCAAGAGAGUCCAGGAGCUCAUGAGACCUGUGGACCUGGUCUACAGACAAGAGCAAUAUCCUGUCGUAGACAAGAUGGAGGUCAGGCUGACAUUGGUGACUGUCUCAAGUAUGCUGGAUCAAUGCCACCUAUAACUCAAACAUGUCAGCUGCCUUGCCAGGAUGAUUGUCAGCUAACAAGCUGGUCAAAGUUUUCACCAUGUAGUGCAGAUUGUGUUGGAGUAAGAACAAGAAAAAGAACACUUGUAGGUAAAAGCAAGAAAAGGGAAAAAUGUAAGAACAGUCAACUCUAUCCACUAAGCGAAACCCAGUACUGUCCCUGUGACAAGUACAAUGCCCAGCCAGUAGGAAACUGGUCAGACUGCAUUCUGCCUGAAGGGAAAGUUGAAGUGAUUCUAGGAAUGAAAGUCCAAGGAGAUAUCAGAGAAUGCGGUCAAGGAUAUCGCUAUCAGGCCAUGGUCUGUUAUGAUCAGAACAACAGAUUGGUGGAAACAGCAAGAUGUAACAGUCAUGGGUACAUUGAAGAAGCAUGCAUCAUCCCAUGCCCAUCAGACUGCAAACUUAGUGAAUGGUCUAACUGGUCCCGCUGCAGUAAAUCUUGUGGAAGCGGUGUGAAGGUGAGAUCAAAGUGGCUACGCGAAAAACCUUAUAAUGGAGGAAGGCCUUGCCCAAAACUUGACCAUGUCAAUCAGGCUCAGGUCUAUGAGGUGGUACCAUGCAUGAGUGACUGCAGUCAGUACAUUUGGGUGGCUGAGGCAUGGAGCGUCUGGAAAGUUAGUAAUGUUGACCUAAAAGAAAACUGUGGAGUGGGAGUGCAGACAAGAAAAGUGAGGUGUAUGCAGAAUACAAUUGAUGGACCCUCAGACCCAGUAGAAGACUACCUUUGUGAUCCUGAAGAAAUGCCACUUGGAGCCAGAGAGAGCAAGCUUCCUUGUCCUGAGGACUGUGUGUUGUCUGACUGGGGCCCAUGGAACAGAUGUCCUUUGCCAUGCAAUGGAAACCACACACGUGAGCGAUCUGCAUAUUCUAUAAGGGAGCCAGGUGAAGGAAGAGCAUGCCCUAGUUCAACAGAAACUGAACCCUGCAAUCUCAACAAGAACUGCUACCAUUACACAUACAAUGUGACAGAUUGGAGUACUUGUCAGCUGAGUGAGAAAGCCGUGUGUGGCAGUGGCAUUAAGACAAGGAUGCUGGACUGUGUGAGGAGCGAUGGCAAGUCUGUUGAUCUUAAGUACUGUGAAGAGCUUGGUUUGGAGAAUAAUUUGCAAAUGAAUAUGUCCUGUGUCGUGGAGUGUCCAGUCAACUGUCAGCUCUCAGACUGGUCUGCCUGGUCAGAAUGUUCUCAGACCUGUGGUCUAAUAGGAAAAAUGUGGCGAAAAAGAAGUGUGAUUCAGCCUUCCCAGGGGGAUGGCAGGCCAUGUCCUUCACAGAUGGAGCAGUGGAAACCAUGUCCUGUCAAACCCUGCUACAGAUGGCAGUAUAGUCAGUGGUCUGAAUGCAAAGUUGAGGAUGCUCAGUGUGGAGAAGGUGUUCGUUUUCGUAAUGUCUCUUGUUUUGUAUUUGAUGGAUCCAAAGAAGAUAAGGGAAGCCUAGUAGAUGAUGAUUUGUGUGGGGAUUUGGAGCCUACUGUUGUUGGAGACACUCAAAUGACACUGGAAGAGAUAUGUACUCUUCCUUGUCCAGGUGACUGUUACCUCACUGAAUGGACUUCAUGGAGCCCUUGCCAGUCUGUUUGUGUAAAUGGAGAAAAGCUUGAUUAUGACGCUAUACAAGUGAGGUCCAGGGCAAUAAUCGCUCAAGAGCAGGAGAACCAGCAACAGUGUCCUGAGCAAAUGUGGGAAUCUCGACCAUGCAAUGAUGGUGAUUGCUAUGAAUAUAAAUGGAUGACAGGUGCCUGGAGAAGUUCCUCUCGUUCUGUAUGGUGCCAGCGCUCAGAUGGACUAAAUGUAACAGGUGGUUGCCCCUUAACAACAAGACCUGUGUCUGAUAGAUCCUGUGAUCCACCCUGCAACAAACCUCAGUCCUACUGCACCGAGGCUGGGGUGUGUGGUUGUGAAGAAGGUUACACAGAAGUGAUGACAUCUGAUGGCAUGCUUGAUCAGUGUACUUUGAUCCCAGUCUUGGAAAUACCUACAGUUGGAGACAAAAAGGCUGAUGUGAAGACAAGUCGGGCAAUCAAUCCCACCCAGCCAUCCACUACUCAGUCGGGUCGAGGAGGCAGAGCCUGGUUUUUACAACCAUUUGGGCCUGAUGGCAAGCUGAAGACAUGGGUUUAUGGAGUAGCUGCUGGAGCAUUUGUUCUGCUCAUCUUUGUCGUCUCAAUGAUUUAUCUAGCUUGCAAAAAGCCAAAGAAACCACAGAGAAGACAAAACAAUAGGCUUAAACCACUGACCUUGGCCUAUGAUGGAGAUGCUGACAUGUAGGAAUCUUCUGAAAAAAUCCCUUUGGAAUGGAAAUCCAGUCUGUACACAAUACUGCUGUAUAAAGAAAUGGCCUGUUUUCACUGGGGUUGAAAAUUGUGUUGAAUUUACAGAAAAUAUUUGGGAAGAAUGAUAAUACAUUCAAAACGAGAACAUGGAAUGUCAAGUCAUGGAAGCAAAUGUUCCAAAGAACAUUUCCACAAAUGCACAUUUUGACUAAUCCAAGGUCAAUUCUAGACUAUUCUAAUUAACGGUAAAGACGAACAUUAAUGAUUCCAUUUUGAGACACAAGAGCCUUUGCAAAUUUUACAGACCGAAUGGAAAUCUGCCUUUGCUUUAAAACUGUUUCUUUUCUCGCUAUACUGUUUUCUUCUUAAAGGAACUGCAGCAGGGAAAAAGACAUACUGCAACUGGGCAGUAUUCGGAAAGCACAAAGAAUACCUCCGUACCUUUAAAAUGUUGCCAACUUUAAACCUACGGAGAAUCUCCUUUGUGCAAAAAGAUUUGAGGACCCCAUAGGAAAGAAAAGUUGCCAAAAUGUACUAUAUACUGUAGAAGAAAGAAUCCACCUUGGAGGACUGACCUUGUUACUCUGAAGUUUCCAUACAUUUCCACAAUGGUUACCUUAAAAGAAAGGAAGACGACUCUUAAAACAAGAUGUUUUACUUCCAGGCUUUGGAAUAUGUUUAUCAUCUUUAUUUAUACUGCACCAUGCAUUUUGACUGUCUUAACCCUGCCGGACUCCUGCCUGCAUCCUUUUAUUACAUUUCAGGCACAUUUUUGCACUAUAUUAGUGCAGCAUGAUAUGCACUUAUAUCUAGUAUUGCCAUAGAAAACUGCCUCUUUCAAUGCAGGAUGAUGUAGCGUCUUGUGCUAGAAAAUGUAAAAUAGACUUUACCCAGAAGAAACAAGCCAAUAUUUAUCUAUGAUUCAACAAGUAGCGUUCAGGUCUUUUAGGUGACUGGAUACAGAUCAGUGGAUAUAUGUAUAUACUGUAAUUUCUCUUGUCACAACAGCAAUUUUGUAAAUCAAUAACCUUUGUGGACUGUACAGUUGCAGUAUUAUAAUUGUCUAGAUUUUGCCCAAUUGAAUUUAUAGCUAUUUCAUGAUUUCUUACACUGUCAUAAUGAAAACUGUUUACAGUUUGUUGCUUUAUAUUUCUUUUCUAUGCCAUUGAAGGUUUGAAUGAUCUAAUGGUCCUUAAUGAGACAGACUCAUUAUUCUGAAGACUUAUCAUGCUAGAGUAAUACAACAUAAAAUAAAUAAAUACUGUGUAAUUACGACAGCAAAAAAUAAUAUUUACUGUUCUUAAUUUAUAUUAAUUUAGGCUUCUGCCUUAUGUAGUAUUUUCUCCUUUCCAUAGAUGAAAGAAAAUAAUGUAACCAAAUGCCUUGUUAAAUCUUCUGAAAAGCUGAAUUCAAAACGACUACACAUUUGAAAUUUAUUUUUAAUAAGAGUGAAUCAUACAUCCAUUUUUUAGCCUUUUUCUCUUUAUAAACAUGAUCAAAAAUAUUUUCCAGUUUACCAACAAAAUUACUAAGGUAAAUUUAGAGUGUGAUUCAAAUGUGAGCGGUAUACAAGGUACAAUUUCGAUUAAUGUCACAUCUAUGGAAGAAAACUAUAACCUUUUAUUAAGUUGAGAUAAACAUAUAAUAUGAUGUAUCCAAUGCAAAUAGUCAGAAAUACUGGAAAUCAAUUGAAAAAAAGUAAUAUUAUUCUUCACAGAAAAAAGACUAUCAAUCUGCAAUCUUCCCACCACAUUGAAACUUUCUUUUUACAGUAUGUUGAGAGUUUGAAAGCAGAUUCAUAUUAGAGAAAUGAAAGAUUUACAUUGAGGCACAAUAAUCAAAAGAUAUAUGCUCUUCGAUUUCAAGUUAACAACGUUUUAUAAAAGUUGGCUCAUUUUUUUUAGAAGAGCUGCAACAAUCUAACAAAAUAUGACCAGACCUUGAGCUAGGUGUAACUGUUGUUGUAAGAAUCUACAAAAUUGUUAUAACAUAGCAUAACAAAAUAUUCUGAAACUCAGUAAUGCAAAAUGAGGAUCACAAGGGGUGGAUCGACAAGAAAUAGCCCUGGACAGGGCAUAUACUGUACACACAAAUACACACAUGCACUCUCACACAAAGUAAAAUUACAAGCUGCAAUUAACAUAAUAUGCAUCUUUGAGGAUAUGGAAAGAAACCUAGAGUACCUUGAGAAAAUCCUCACGAAAAACGGAGAACAAACAGCAUAGGAUUCAAACCCAGAACAGUGGAUCUGUGAGCCUUAAGAAGUCUCCUCUGUGCCCACACAUACUAUGUACUACUUAUAUAUGUUGAUUUAUGAGGGGGAAAAAAACAUACUGUAUAUAAGUAAAUAUUAGGUUAGGUGCAAAAGUAGAAGAACUAAACUUCCAUUUUCAGGCCACUUGACCUACAGCACUAGUUCUCAGAGUCUGCCUUCCAGAACAUGUGUUUUCUGAUUUUAAUUCUAACAGGUUUCCUAACCUUGACUUUAAUUUGAUUGGUUUAAUUAACCAGGUGAUGACUUCUAUAUUUCUGCAGAUUUCAACAUGUAUCAAUAUAUCAUAUAUAAGUGUGUGCUGUUGUCAUUUUUAUUGAUUUGCUUUUUCAUUUUAAUUCACUUUGGUGAACAUGUUAUUCUCUAAGUUAUUUUAAUUAUUUAAAAUGUGUUAAUUUUCAGACUAAUAACACCUUUGGUGUUGUGUUCAGACCAGGCUUCACUUUCCAUAGUAACAGUCACUGAGAUGUUUUACUUCUGGAUCAUCCUGAUGGUCUACUUCCUGUGGGCUGUGUCCAGUACACCUACCUCCUCAAAAACAGCACAUUAUUUGGUUCCACUCACGUUUUGGGUUCCUUCCUAGACUAAAAAGCUACUGUCAACAUUAUAAAUUCAGAUAUAGAUGCAAAUUGCUGUAUUUCCUAAAGGAUUCAGUGCCACUUGCAGCUAGAAGCUUAUCAACAACAGGCUGCUUUAGGAUGCAUAUAUAUGUAUAUACUGAAAAUAACAAGAGAGCAAACUCUUAACUGAAGAAUUAAGCAGAGGAAAUCGAUAGUUUGUAUGAAGCAUAAAUUUUUGUUAAAUUCUUAAAAGUGUGUUAAGUUUAACUGAUGGGUCAAAUGAGUAUCCAACCAAUCAAGAAGCAAAGAAAUAACAUAUUUAAUUCAGAUAGGAGUUCAGGUACAUGCAGCAACUGACCUUAUAAAAUAACUGAUUGGAACAAGGAACAACUUCUUUUGCAGUUUGGAAAUAGUCUUAAUUAAGUCAACAGUACAGUAAAUUCCCAUUUCUGAUGCUACUCUUUCAACUCCGUUUAUAAGCUGCAAUAUUUCUGAAGGUAAUCAAGAUUGACCAUUUUGUUACAGUAGGUAAGGUGGCAGCUGUACAAAGAAUGUUUACUUUUUUAUUUGUAAAUAACCUGUGUAUUGUAUUUUUAUUUUAUAAAUUAUGUAUAUUUCUUUUGUAAUGCACAAAAUGUUUAGUAUAAACCUCAGAAAGUGUGUGUAUACUGUUGCUCAGCUUUGGUCAGUUCAUACAGAUGACAUGAAAAGACAAACUAUCCAGGUUUAAUGUUAUUUGUAUGUAACUGAUAAAGUGCUGUUAAUAAACUAAGAAAAUAUCAUA